AAAUUCCAUUACCAAAAGUGGAUCCGUAUAGACGGGAUCUUAUAUGCUCUUCAAACAAACAGGUCGGUGUAACAUUACGUACUGCCAUUUCUUCUCCCUCCAUAAACACCUAAACUUGCAUACUACGAACGCUAACUGUCGUCGCCAAAACUAAAUUAUGACUCAGUCGACGGAUUGGCGAUGGGAGAACGCCACCGCGGGAUCCGUUGCCGGUCUUGCUACCGUCACGUUUUCUCAUCCGCUCGAUGUUGUCCGGACUAGAUUCCAAGUUAAUGAUGGUCGGAACCCUAACCUUCCGACCUACAAGCACACUCCUCAUGCUCUCUUCACCAUUGGUCGAUCAGAGGGUCUCAGAGGGCUCUAUUCUGGCUUUUGCCCUGCAGUGCUAGGAUCAACUAUCUCAUGGGGUCUAUACUUCUUUUUCUAUAACAGAGCCAAACAAAGGUACCUGAAAAAUCAACAGGAAACAACUGUUCAUAUUCAUCUUGCAUCAGCUGCAGAAGCUGGAGGAUUGGUAUGUCUUUUCACGAAUCCUAUCUGGCUUGUGAAAACACGAUUACAACUUCAAACUCCUCAAAACACUCGUGCAUAUACUGGCUUAGCUGAUGCUUUGAAAACGAUACUGAAAGAUGAAGGAUGGAGGGCGUUAUACAAAGGGCUUUUACCGGGUCUUUUUCUGGUGACGCAUGGUGCUAUUCAGUUUACAGCAUACGAGGAGCUUCGUAAGCUUUUGGUUGAUCGAAGGGAUAAACAAAUGGCCUCCAUUACCACUGCUGCUGACUUAUUAGCAAGUUUUCGUAAGAAAUUGCGUGACUUUAGGGAUAAACAAAGAGGCUUGAGUUCUUACACUCCUGAGUCAUUGACAACAGUUGAUUACGCAGUUUUAGGAGCUUCCUCGAAACUAGCUGCCAGCCUGGCGACGUAUCCGUUUCAGGUCAUUCGUUCUCGCUUGCAGCAACGGCCCAUGAAUGGGGUUCCAAGAUACAUGGACAGCUGGCAUGCCGUGAAGGAAACUGCUCGGUUAGAAGGCGUAAGAGGUUUUUACAGAGGGAUAACAGCAAACCUUUUGAAAAACCUGCCUGCAGCUUCAAUAACUUUCAUUGUGUAUGAAAACGUUCUGCAUCUGCUAAAACUUGCAAAGACAACUAGCGAAAGGGCAAACAACUGACACACACACAUGUACUGUAUUUAUUUUAUGGUACCACUUUUGGCAUAAAAACAACAAUUCAUUUAAUACGCUUGCUUUCUUCAUUUUUUUUUCUUAGUUUUCAAGGAAUGUAUAUGUAGGGAACAUGUAAUUGGUUAUCGCUGUUAUUGUCUGUCAAGAACAAAACUUCCUUUGAAUCAUUCAGUCA